GGCACACAGAACAGAAACAGAUGCUUCACCUUUUCUCGACUCCAGGACUGAAGAGCAAGCCCAGGCACGGCAACAGCAGGCAAUAUUUCUCUCUCCUAUCCCGAGUCCAAUUAGCUAUUCCGGUGUGUUGCCCGAAGGAAACUAUCUCGGCGACGACGCUGUAGUCGAGAAUAGUACUGGACUGAUGGCCAUGCAACUGCCAGCGGAUGAUGAAACGGAAGGGCAGUCUGAAGACAAUAGAAAUUUCUCGGCCAUCUGGGAAGUGCCGGCGCCGCAUACAGAAUCGUUGGAUGGCCAGCUUGGAGUGCUACUAAACAAUGGGAGCCUUACAGAUCGUGAAGAAGUCACGGAGUUUCAGCCCCUCACUUCUCAGACAGGAAGUGCAGGUAAUGGAAAUGAUAGUCAAAUGGAUGUUGCCAGUGAGGAGCUCGACUCGCUGGUGAAAAACGAUCAAGGACAAGUCACCAGUACCAUGGCUGAAACAUCCACACGACUCGAGGCAACUGAGAUGUCACUGCCAUCAAAAUCGGAGAGCAACGCCGUCGAUGAGGCAACGGCCACGGCGACGCCAGAGGGUUCCCUCUCGGCAUCGUUGCCUCACGCACGCAAGCCGACAGAUGAAGAAGAAUAUUACCUGGGGAAAGUCGGUCAUGAGGAACAACUAAAACGUGACACAGACAGCGAACACUCAGAAAUGAAUCCUGAAGGCACUGGAGUCCUCCAUAGUAGAGCGGAAGAAAAAGACGCUGCCCAUGCCGACAGCGAAGGGGAUCGCGCAGGAGGCGCGGACACUGUUGCCGAAAUGAAAGGUGAACAACACCAUGAGGGUUUGUUGGGUGAGGGAGGAGAGGGAAUGCUGAACAAAGAGAUGCACAUCCGGAAAGAGGUUGACUCACUGAAGGGGACCUCUGCAAAGUCUGGGCCAGAAGGGGAAGCACAGAAGCAACAAUAUAACGGCGAGCACGACGAACAAGUCGUCAUGUCUCCUGCACUUCUUGAGUCUACUAACACGGUGACUCCGACUUCUGAACAAACUAUGGCUGAUAUAGCGGACAUGGACGAACUGGAAGAGAUCCACGAAACCAUGAUGACAGCCAACUCGCCUUCCAUUAUCGUCGGCUCGGAACCAUCAGCUCUGGAGCCUGCAGAAGUGUCUGAGAGAGCUUAUGAGCCAUCUAUGGGUCCUUUAGACGCGGCUUCCUUAGGCACCUCUGAGGUGGCGCCACACAGUGUCCUCUCUCCUGCGAUAGUUGACACAAGUUCAAGCGAUCAGCAAGGCACCGUCUCGCCUUCCUCAGGGCUCUCGCUGUUGCCAGGCAACGUAGAGGGUGCCAAUGUGACACAAGGAAUGCUGUUGAGUGGAAAUUCUGGUGAUCAAAUUACAGACGUUCCGUCUUCUACUGAAUCCGGCCACAUUCAAACUGUGCACCCUUCGCAUUCACACAACGGGUUGAUGGAACCAGCGUCCCACCAAGACUUGCAUCUAAUGCACGAAAGUCGCGGUCCUCACGAAAUGGAACGCACCGUCCUUGAUGCUGAGAGUGGCAUCCUCCCGGGUUCCCAGCUGCACGACGAGUCUGGCCCUUUGCUCGGUGUCCUUCCCGCUGCAAGCUCCUCUCACAGUGGUCAUGGCUUUGUACAUGAAGGAUCGCAUAUCUUCACAGAGCCUGCUGAUAUCCACGGCCUGCCAGACACAGGAGUGCAUGAAUCCAUUCACAGCACUUUCCCGAUGAGUGCGGCUCACGAGGCGCCUCUUGGCGUUUUCGGUCACGGGGUGAUCUCGUCGCCAGAACCAACUCAGACGAACCUGCUACCCCCAAUGGCCACAGCGGUGCAAGCAAUUCAAUCACCCUUCCUAGCGCAUGAGACGAGCCCGGCAUUCAGCACACCCAUGCAUGUCAGCUCCUCAACAGGAGAGCUUGUCACAGUCCCAGGGGCUCUGGCGUUUGUGCAAAGUGAAGAAGCAGCUGCAACUCGAGGAGGGAAGAAAAAGGGAGGGAACAAAAACAAGAAGAGUCCGCCUGCAGUCGUUUACGAAUCCAAGCCCGGCCCUAUGGUUACCGAACACAAGCCGACAGUGCACAUUGCUGAACCGAUCCUUGUAGAGCUGCAAGAAAAACCCAAGAAGCGGAGCAGAAGGGCACCUAUAUAAAAGGCCCUGUGGGCCUGAAAGACUAGUGCGCCGCAAAAGAACAGAUGUCAACUGUUCACCAUGGGGGGGGGGGGGGGAGGAGACCACCAGAGUGGGCUUCUCAUCUUCACACAACUCACAUAUCGCUGCGUAAGUCAAGGGUGGUGCCGCUUGAGGGUGGUACGGAAUUGACAAAGGCAAAGGAACCUUGUGUGAGA